CCGCCGCUUGGCCGGGGGCCGCUGUCGGCCGCGGGGGCGCCAGCGAGCGUCCCGCCGGCCACGCGCGCCGAAGGCCGCCGCGGGGGCCCUCGGGGCCGAGCCGACGCCGCCGGCGGGCGCCCGCGGCGGGGAGAUGCUGCGGGUGCUGGCGGCCGCCGCCGUGGUGCUGCUGCUAGUGCUGUACGGCGUGAAGAAGGCGCUGCUGCAGCUGGCCCUGCCCCUCGGGGCCCCUGAGCUGCCGGGGGAGCCGGGCAGCUGGCGCUCUCCGCUCGGCGGCGGCCCCGCGGCCGGCGGGGACGAGCCUGGCGCCGAGAUCGGCAGCAGCCGCCUGCGCGAGGGGGCGGCCGCUUUCCGCCGCGGGGACGACACGGCGGCCCUGGAGAGCGCCUGCGCGAGUGCCUGA